AUGGGCUUUGAUCAAUCAGGAGCCGUUGACGUCUCGCUCCGCGCACGCGCGCACGCGUUCUGCGCGGAGGCGCGGCGCUCCCCGCAGCUAUGGCGCGUGUGCUUGGAGCGGCUCAUCUCGUCGCGCUACCCCGAGGUGCAGUUCUGGUGCCUGCAGGCGCUCGAAGAGCUCCUGCUGCGCCAGCGACUGCGCGCGGACGGCCAGCCUCAGCCCGUGGGGGGAGCAUCUUCCGCGCCUGGCGACGGCGGCGCUGGCGCAGGGGCAGAGGGUGAGUUUCUUCCGCCCGAGGCGCUGGCGGAGCUCCGCGAAACCCUAAUGGCGGUAGCCUUCAGGUGUCCCGUGGGAUCAGGGCUGAUGCCAGGGGCAGGUGAUGCGCAGGCGGGGGGGGCAGCGGGCGCGGGGGUGCCGCUGUGCGCGUCAUGGCCGGCGUUCAUCCGCAACAAGGUGGCGCAGGUCAUCGUGCUGCUCAUCCGCCUCCACUACCCCACACCGUGGCACACCGCAUUCGACCCCAUCGUCUCCGCGCUCAUGGCGGUCGGCGCAGCGGCCAACCCCCAAACCUCCGCCGCCGCUGGCACCACCGGCGGCAUGGCGCAAGCGGGUGGCGGAGACGGCGCGGGCACUUGGAGUCUAGUGAGUCUGGACAUGGCGUGCCGCGUGCUGGCGGCACUGGACCAGGAGGUGCUGAGCAUUGAGUACGCGCGCACUGCGGAGGAGUCCGCUGCCGCCAUGCGCGUCAAGGACGGCAUGCGCGAGGGCUGUAUCGCGCCGCUCGUGCAGGCCUGGUACUGCGCCGCCGUCGCGCUGCUAGCGGCGCUGGGGGCGGGGGGAGCAGCGGGUGCGGGGGCGCAGCUGGGCGGGAUGCCGGGAAGUAAUUGCGUGGGCGGGGAAGGGGGAGAGGUGGUGUUGCGGGACGGGAGGGGGAGUCCGGUUAGCAGGGACGACGCAGCGGCAUCUGUAGCGGCGCUGCUGGAAACGCUACAGCCGUACGUGGCGUGGAUAGACAUUGGGCUCGUCGCGGACUCGCGCUGGCUGCCCCUCCUUUUCGGCCUGCUAGCCGCGCAUACCAGCGACGUGCGCCUGCGAUCCGCGGCGUGCGGGUGCAUCCUCGCUAUAGUGAACAAGCGCAUGGACGCGGUAAGCAAGGUGGCGCUGCUGCAGCGCGUGCAGAUCGCGCAGGUGGCGGGCGUGCGCGUGGUGGAGGAGAUCGCGCGCGCGGACGAGGGGCUCACGCUGCGCCUGGCGGAGCUGCUCACGGGCGCCGCCACCGAAAUCAUGGAUUGUGAGGCGCUAGACCUACCAACCAAGGAGGGCGAGGAGGAGGAGGAGCGGGUGGGCGAGCAGCGCAAGGACCUCUUCGUGCUGCUGCGCUCCGCCGCCAAGGUCAACCCUGCCGUCGUCCGCGCCUUCGUGCACGAAACCCUAGCGGCAGCGCUCGCACGCGGGCCGCACGCGACGUUUGCAGAGACGGAGGCGGCAGUGCAGCUGUUCUAUCAGCUAGGCGAGGGCGUCACAGAGGAGGCGCUCAAGCCCGGCAGCGGCGCGCUGGGGGAGAUGACCGCGCUUCUCCUCUCCUCCUCCCCCUCCUCUGCCUCCUCCGCGGCCUCCCAGCAGCAGGGAGCAGGUGGGGCGGGAGCAGGGGCAGCGGGAGGGGGGUUGAGGUACAGGGGGCACCGGCUGGUGGCGGUGGCGUGGUUAGAGGUGAUCGUGCGGUAUGUGCGGUUCGUGCAGCAGCACCCGCACUACAUCCCUGCUGCGCUUGAUGCGUUCCUGGGCCCGUGGGGCGUGGGGCACGGUAACAGUGCGGUGGCGGGGCGGGCGGCUUACCUGCUGAUGCGCGUGGUGAAGGUGCUCAGACAGCAGCUGCUGCCACUGCUCGACUCCAUCCUCAUGGGGCUGCAGCGCAUGUUAGAGGCCAUCACCUCCGCACCAGCAGCAGCAGCAGGCAAGGCGGCGGGAGGGCAGGGCAGAGCAGGGGGGCCGUUUGGGCGGGGAGAAGGCGCCUUUGACGACCGCAUAUAUGCGUACGAGGCAGUGGGGCUGCUGUUGGCGCAGGAGGAGGUGCCAGCUCAGCAGCAGGCAGCGUGCUUAUCGGCGCUGCUCACACCACUUAUCGCACGGGCAGAUGCGUUGGCACAAGAAGCACAGGCGGCAGAAGCAGCAGGGGGGGGAGCGGAGGCAGCAGCAGGCAUGGUGGCAGCGCUGCAGCAGGUGAUCAUGGCCAUGAGUUACCUGUCCAAGGGCUUCGCGGCGCACAUGGUAACCACCACGCGGCCAGAGCUGGCGCGGCUGUUCAAGGGCGCAGUGGAGUGUGUGCUGCGCGUGCUGCACGCCCUGCCCCGCAGCCGCCCCACCCGCUCCAAGGUGACAUCGUUUCUGCACCGCAUGGCGGACUGCCUGGGGCCGCACAUCAUCCCCUUCCUGCCACAAGCACUGCCACUCCUCCUCGCCAACUGUGAGGCGAGGGACAUGGUGGAGUGUCUGCAGCUGAUCUCACUGCUCACAGCCAAGCACCGCACACACAUGGCGCCCAUCGUCGACGCCCUGCUCGCGCCCCUCUUCACCCGCCUCUCCAUCCUGCUCCCCUCCUCGCUCCCCUCGCUUAUGGGACCCCCCAACACUGCCUCUCACGCCUCUGGCACCCCCGAGGAGGUGAGGGAGCAGAGGGAGGUGUUGAGGGCGGUGGUGAUGCUGCUGCACGGCAUCACGAUGGCGGACCUGCACGCCACCUUCCUCUCCCCUGCCAACACCUCGCAAGUGCUCCCACGCAUCAUCACUCUCCUGCUCGACACCGCCGCCCUGCAUGCUGACGUAGCUCUGCGCAAGGUGGCAGUCGCCUGCUUCAUCCGCUUCGCCUCCGACUGGUGUUCCUGCGACCCUGAGAAGGCGCCGGGCUUCAGAGCGUUUCUGCUGGAGCAGUUUCUGCCCACAGCGUGCCUGCUGCCGUGCCUGCAGCCGUCCUUCUCCCUGCAGGAUGCCAACUCUGCUCUGCUGGUGAUUGACAUCUCUCUAGCCCUGCUGGCGCUGCACCACACGUGUGGCCAGCUGCUCUCCGACGGCCUCCUCUCCUCCCUGCUGCCCUCCCUCAACUGCCCUCCCACAUUAGCUGCCAACUUUUGUACCCAGCUCCAGAGAGGAGAUGCAAAGAUUGCACGUGAUGCGUUUAGAGAGUUAUUGGUUCAGCUGCGAGCGCUACAUGCACCCACGCAAGGCAACGUUGCAAUGGCUUUGGCUUUUGGAGCGCUCCACGCAGUGAGAAGCACUUUAUUUCAAGCACUGUAUGAGUUAUCUCGUUCCAACUCAUCCAAAACUUUCCUCCACUGCUGCACCAAGAUGGCGCAUUUGGAAUGCAACGAUCAGGAACUCGCCUACUUAACCUACCUAUUGGGGAACGAGCUGCUUGAUCUGGACCUCCCUGCCGCAGCCGCCGCUCAGCCUGGGCAUCAAAGGUCAUUGCGAGCUUCCGACGUACGGAACAGAGCUUCGUCGGCAGAGCCGGUGCUGGUGCCUGUUGCUCCCUUCAAUGGCAGACUGAAUGAAAGCACCAAUUUCACGCAAGUUGGCGAGGCGCAAGGGCGAAACUGCCCGCAGGCCAGGACCAUGGGGCGGGGAGCUGGGUCAUUUCACGGUAGAAGCUUUUCUGCGCCAGCAAACGAAGUGGCCGGCUCCCCAUCAACAACUUCUGUGGUUCUUUGUUCCAUGGCUGAGCCAGCCACUUCGUUGUCCCAGCGGCACCGUUUGGAACCUGGGUUUCUGGCUGGUUGCGCUGCAGCCCCCACAGCCGACCCUACUGCAUGCUCCCCCACAGCAAAUGCCACUGCAGCGGCAUUGGCCGCCUGUGACUUAGUGGGAAGACAGCAGGGUGGAAAGCUGAGUCAGGCUCUACAAAAUCCACCUGAAGCUCCUGAAAUGCGGAGGGACAGAAUAUUGUUCCGUGGUCUGUCAGACACCGCAGGCCGCAGCACCUUGAGCCCGGUGAAGUCUCAAAAGCAGAGCCACUGCGUUCAUUCGAGGGCUGGAGGCGGUGGCAUUACAAAGAAGAGUUUUACUGAAAAGAACAGGAGAGCUCGUGUCAGUCAGGGAUUUGCAAAUUUGCGAGAAGUCAUACCUAGGGAGUUCCUAAGCAGCCACAUUCAGAAGACAAGGGGAUUUACUCAAAAGGCUGACUUGUGCACAUUGCUAAAUGCAACAUCCGAGUACAUUGGCUACAUGAAGGCGAUAUGUCUGGAGGGCGAGGCGGGCCCUACGGGGGUGGCGUCGGGGCUGUCAGCAGCGGUGUGCGGCUCCAAGCUCUCCGUGCAGUUCAUGUGGAGCUUCUCCUACUGGAGUGCUUACUUCCUCACUUGGGUGAUCAUCCCCAUCAUGCAGGGGUACGAGGACGCGGGGGACUUCACGGCAAGAGAGCGGCUGCGCACGAGUGUGAGGACGAACCUCAUGCUCAUUGGCAUCGUGGGUGCUGUGGCCGUGGUCGGCAUCAUCAUCCUGCUCGCCACCAAGGAGAUGGCCUGGGACAACAUAGUGUCGCUGGCCAUAGGGGCAUCUAACGCGUUUGCGCUGAUAACGGGCGCGCUGCUGCUGGGGUACGGGCUGGUGGAGAUCCCAAGGGGUCUCUGGAGCCACGCGGACCUGGCGGAGCGCCACAAGUGGCUGUCGGUGCGCGUGGCCCGGGCGGCGCAGAAACUGGACCAGGCACACCAAGAGCUCAGCACCGCCAUUGUGAUUGCACAGGCCACGUCGCUGCAGAUGCCCCGUCAUGAUCCCCUGCGACCCAUGAUGGAGAUCAUCGAUGCCAUGGCGAGUGAGGAUGCGGGGUUCAAGCCAUCGGGUGGGCAGAUAGGCGAGAACGACAUGGACUACGAUGCUGACGCCAAGAGCAUGGCUGCGCUCAGGCGCCGCCUGCGCAACGCCCAGGACAACUACUCGCGCUGCAAGACGGAGUACUGCACGGUGGUGUGGGAGGCGCUGCAGCUGGAGGAGACGCUGCAUAACUGCUACCAGGGCACGGGCCGCUACACCUCCUACCUGCGCGCGCCCAGAAAGGGCUUCUUUGCUCCACUCCUCGAUGUUGCCGAGUGGUGGUGGCGCUGUGCCAUUCGCAGCCACGUGGUGAGGGCCUUUGCACUCCUCCUCGGCCUCAUCUCCCUCGCCAUCCUCUUCGCUGAAGCCACCCUGCUCUCCCAAAAAUGGGUUGACCUCUCGCUCUUCUCUGUGCUUGUGCGUGCCGCCGCGCUGCACGGGGAGGCGGUGCAGCUGAUAGUGUUUGUGCCGCUGGUGUACCUGUGCGUGUGCACCUACUUCUCGCUCUUCAAGCUCGGCAUGUUCUCCUUCUACUACCUCGUCCCCGCACACACCGACUCCGUCUCGCUGCUCAUCAACUGCUCCAUGGUGUCGCGAUAUGCUGCCCCCAUGUGCUACAACUUCCUCAGCCUCAUCCACCUGCGCCACUACAACUAUGCCACCGGCUCCGUUGAGCCCCUUGAAACUGUCUUUGAAAAGCGCAUGGGGGUGCUGCCCAAGUCGUUUGACCGCGUGUACCCGCUGUGCAUGGUGGCAUGGUCGCUGCUGAUCGCGCUCAACGUGCACCACCGCCUCUUUGACUCCGUCACGCACCUCCUCUCGCACUGCCGCGGCCUCUACAGCCGCACCUGGCGCCGCCUGCGCUUCGACGAUGACGAUGAGGGCGACGAUGUGGGUGUGGACGGGCGCAGAGUGGUGGUCAAGGGCCACAUGAUACUGCAAAGAGAGCGGGCGACCAUAGAGCGCGGGCUGCCUGUGGGCGACAGCGUCGUGCCACUGGCGCGUCACUUCUCCUCCAAGGACCUCCAUGCCACUUCCUCCGCCUCCUCCCUGCUCUCAGGCCACUACUCCACCCCCACUAAGGUGCCUCACACGGACCCCAGCUCCUCCUCCUCCGCCGACCCACUGCUUGACUCGCGCCUCUCUGCGGUGAGGCCAGCAGGGGGCAAGCCUGCCGCUGACAGCGCCAGCACCAAGGACCCGGAGUCGGCAUCCUUGCUCAGAGCAGCAGACGCCAGUUCCGCUUCACUCAAAUACUCUGGCAUCAUUGCCACUGGUGCUGCUGCUGCUGGGUCAUCUGCUGGCGGCACUGCCAGGAAGCCCCAGCGACCUCCUGCAGGAGGUGCUUCAGGUGCUUCAUCAGGUGCUGCGUCCCCAGCAGCAGGUGUGGCAGCCAGGGCGGGGCUGGAGGCGAGCAUCAAGUCAAGCUCAGCGGGCGAUCUGCUACCCCUGGGUCGGGAGAAGUCAAGGCAGGCCUCUGUCCCUGGCAGUCCCCUCUUGCUCUCUCGAGCUGCCUCUCCCCUUGUCACUGCCAGGCUGCCACCGAUUAGCACCUCUGCUCACUCCACUCCACACCACCUUUCCACUGCUGUAGCUGCUGCUCCUGCUGGCAGUGCAACACCAACCCGCCCGCUCUCGCCUCCCUUGCUUCUCUCUUCAGCUCUGGGUCUAAGCUCUGCAGCAAUGGUGUCAACCCCACAGCGGUACUUCUGGGCCGGUCAGGCCACAGCAGCAACAGCUGCAGGUGCAGGAGAGCAGCAAGAAUCGGGCACCCGGCAAGAGAGCAGUCAUGCAGUGGGUAUGUCUCCUACAGAGUCCCCGCCAAUCUCGGGCCAAAGAGGAGCAGCAGCAGGUGCCGGGUCAGCCCACGGCCACACAGUGAAGAUGAAGGGGGUGUGGAUACAACCGGAAGGAGUGGAGGUGGCGUGA